UGAUGCGCCCACUAGUUAGGUUUUGCUGUGUGUGAAACAAGUGUUGAUGCAAGUGUGAACGCGUUUACUUCGUUCUGCUUUUAUUACUGUUUAAGAUGAACUUCGAAAACGCAAUCAACAUUUUGAAAGACUGUGACAUGCACAGUAUUUUUUCGGUCAUGGGAAACUAUAUAUCGCCGUGAUGAUUUGUUAUGUGUAGAGCCCCAACAACGUGUCGUUUAUCUUCGAUGUCUCACGGCAUUGGUCCGUCUUGACCAGGCAUGCAAGGUCCCUUGAGAAGAACGAGUUACUGCGAAGGUUUGGGCGGUGACCACAAAUUUUCGGAUUUAAGAACUGGGAGGAAUUGUGUGAAGUUUCUUAAAAUGGAUAUUACAGUGUCAGAGUUGAUGGAAAACUUCAUGGAUACCCCGCUGGUGGUGUGGGUGAAGACCUUUGGACCACUGGGCUCUGGCUCAGAGGACAAGCUCUCCAUGUUCAUGGAUCUGGUGGAUGGGGUCUUCCUGCACAAAAUCAUGACACACAUAGACCCCAGCCCCACCAACCAGAGAGUGAAUAAGAAUGUGAACAAUGAUGUGAACCUACGAAUCCAGAACCUCAACAUUGUAAUCAGGCACGUCAAGAACUACUACCAGGACAGUCUCCAGCAGCUCAUCCUGAUGACUCUGCCUAAUGUGCUGACCAUGGCUAAGGACCCCCUCUCAGGCAAGAGCAUGGAAGAGGUGAAGAGACUGCUGCUGUUGAUCCUAGGCUGUGCUGUGCAGUGUGAGAGGAAAGAAGAGAUCAUUGAGAAAAUCAAACUGCUCGACUUUGAGAGGCAGGCAGCCAUCGUCUCCCACAUUCAAGAGGUGACCCAAAACCAGGAGAAUGUGUUGGACUUGCAGUGGCUGGAGCUGCCAGAUAUGCCCACUGAGGAGCUGGACCCCCUGUCCAGAAACAUGGCCCUGCACCUCCGCAAACUCAUAGAUGAAAGAGAUGAAUGUGCAGAGGCGAUCGUGGAGCUGACCCAGGAGAGGGACUACCUCCAGUCCCAGCAGCCCUCUAACCACCUGGGUUACCCCAACCCUGAGAGGACCGACCUGGACCUGGGCGGACCUAUCUGCCGGCUGUCCAAAGAGGACCGGCAGCAUCUGGCUGUGGAGCUGGCUGACACUAAAGCCAAACUGAGACGCUCGCGACAGGAGCUGGAGGAGAAGACUGAGCAGCUGAUGGAUACCAAACAUGAGGUGGAGAGGCUGGAUCUAGAGAUGCAGAAACUCAAGCAGGAGAACAUGCAGUUACUUGCAGAGGCGAGGUUGGUGCGUGCGUACAGGGAUGAAGUGGACGCUCUGAGGGAAAAGGCAGCCAAGGUGGACAGACUGGACACAGAGUUGAGCCGCUGCAAGGAGAGGCUACACGACGUCCACUUCUACAAGACACGAGUCGAGGAGCUGAGAGAAGAUAACGCCACUCUGAUGGAGACCAAAACCCUGCUGGAGGAGCAGCUGGGAGCCUCCAGGGGGCGUUGUGACAAACUACAUGAGCUGGAGAAGGAGAACCUGCAGCUGCGCUCAAAACUACACGAUGUGGAGAUGGACCGGGACACAGAUAAGAAGCACCUGGAGGGGUUGAUAGAGGAGAACAUGCUGCUGGAGAUCUCUCAGAAACAGAGUAUGAAUGAGUCUGCCCACCUGGGCUGGGAACUGGAGCAGCUGGCCAAGAACAACGACAGCAACGACAUGCACAAGUCAUUUGUGUUUGAGCUGAACGAGUCUGCGUCGAGCCGUCUGCUGAAGCUGGAGAAGGAGAACCAGGGUCUGCAGAGCACCAUCCAGGAGCUCAGAGAGGCUUCACUAAGUCUGGAGGAGGACCAGCUAAACGCCAUGGAGUUGGAGAGAGAGAACCAGGGCCUCAGCAAAAAGCUGGAGCGUAUGCAGACCCUGCUGGACCAGGAGAAGCAGACCACCCAGGACAUGGAGGGUCUGGAAGAAGACCUGCUCAAAGACGAGCAGAAACUGGAGAAGACUCUGGAGAGACUGCAGGCAGACAAGAACAGACAGAUCUCAGAGCUGGAGCAGGAGAAGGAACACCUGAGCCAGGCGGUGAGCUCCCUGCAUCAGCGCACCCAGGUUGACAGCGAGGCCCGAGUCAGGGAGGUGGAGACAGAGAACCGCGUCCUCCACCAGACCAUCACCAACACCGGGUCCAAGCUGGCCCGGCUAGAAGCCCAGGGCAAGCAGGCCACCAAGGAGCUGGAGACACUGAGGGAGAGGGGGGUGGAGCUGGAGAGGGAGACAACACAUCUGGAAAGGAGCAAGGAGCAGCUGCAGAGGGAGGUGGCCUCCUUGAAGAUCACAUGUGACCGGGCUGAUGCCCUGGAGAGAGACAACACCAGCCUGGAGCAGGACAACUGGAGGCUGAAGAAGCAGGUGGAUACAGCCCAGAACGUCUGCCUGCGCCUGGCCAAGCUGGAGAAUGACCACAGCCUCUUGGACGAGGAGAACCUGGAGCUCCGCCGCACCGUGGAGUCCCUCCGGCCAGCUGCCAUUCUCCUGGCCCAGCUCCAGCAGGAGAACAGGGAUCUGGAGAGGGAGAGGGAGGAUCUGACCCGCUCUGUGGAGGAGCUGAGGUCCCAGGGGAAGAGGGCGGAGCGGCUGGAGCUGAGCAUCGGCAGCCUGGGCCAGGAAAACCAGAGGUUACAGCAGAGCCUGGAGAACAGCUCCACUAAGAUCCAGGGGCUGGUGAGGGAGCUGAGGCAGGCGGAGACCGAGACCGGAGUUCUGAGACGGGAGCUGAAGGAGGUGCGCCUGGCGGAGAAACGCCUGGAGGUGGUGGAGAAGGAGAAGAGGGGGGUGGAACAGGAGCUGGGCCAGUCAGAGAAGGCGAGGAAGCAGCUGGAGAAGGAGGCGCGACGUUUAUGGCAGCAGCUGGAAGUGAAGGAAGAGGUGCUGGAGGAGAGCGCUCUAAAGCUGGCCUCAUUAGAGAAGGAGGGCAUCACCAAGGAGAAGGAGUUGGCGAGGUUAAAGGAGGUGGCUGGGAUAGUCAAAGAGCUGGAGAGUCAGAACAAGGAGCUGCAGAAACAGGCCACCAUCGACAAGAGGACCCUGGCCACACUCCGAGAGGACCUGGUGAAUGAGAAGAUGAAGGUGCAGCAGCAGUGGAACGAGUUGGAGAUACUGAGCGACGAGCUGGAGAAGAUCGGUCUCAACAGAGAGAAACUACUGCAGGAGGAGAACAGCUGUGAAGACAAUAAGUACAAGAUCUUGGAAAGUAAGAUCGAGUCAACGCUGAAGAAGAAUCUGGAGAUCCGUGAGGAGAAGAUUCAUGGUCUGGAGUCUCGACUGAAGGAGUCUAGUAGUCUUAACCAGCAGCUGCGCAUUGAACUCAGCACCUUGAAGAAGACUCUGGAGGCUCUGAGACAGAGGCAGGAGGAGGAGGAGGCCCACUCCCACAGCUCCACACAGCAGGCUGCAGUUCAGGGUCAGGUCCAGGGCAACAGCCAGGGUCAGGAGAAGUGGGAGACAGUGACGAGAGAGGCCACCGCAGAGCUCCUCAAACUCAAGGACCGCCUCAUCGACAUAGAGAAGAACAAUGCAACCUUGCAGACAGAGAAGGACCUACUGAAAGAUCACCUGAGACAGCUAGACAACCAGAACAGCCAGCUGAAUGCCCAGAAUGUGGCCCUACAGGGGCAGGCUGUAGCACUGCAGCAGUACAACACAGCCCUGCACAAACAGACAGCCAAACUACAGGUGGAGAACUCUACCCUCAACUCCCAGAGUGCAUCUCUCAUGGCCCAGAAUGCCGUGCUGCAGGGCCAGGUGGGGGCUCUGGAGAGCGAGUCGGAGGCAUGGCAGCGGCAGCGGGAGGAAGCGCGGGCGGGUAGGGAGGGCGUGCUGCAGGACCACGAGCGCUUGCUGAGCGUUCACGAGAGACAGGCGGCGGAGUACGAGCAGCUCAUCACCCAACACGCCGCCCAGAAGGGCAACCAGAGAGCUCUGGAGAAGGCGCACCGUGCACUGGAGAACAAGUACAUAGUGCUGCUGAAGCAGAAAGAUGCCAUGGAGACAGUGGAGUCCACCCUUCAGAAGGAGAGGGAGAGUCUAGGAGAGGAGAUCCACAAAAAUGCGCUGAUUCUGGGGGAGAACCAGAGUCUGAGGGGGGAGGUGGACCGGUUGACCCAGACUCACUCCCAACUGCGUGCGGAGUAUGACGGGCUGCAGGUGCAGACCAAGGAGUUGAAGACCGGUCUGAACAGAGCUCAGCUGGAGGUGAACCGCUGGCAGGCCAGAUACGACUCGAUGAAGGAGCAGCACCAGGGCCUGGACAUCUCCAUGACCAAGCUGGACAACCACUGUGAGCUGCUGACCCGUCUGAAGGGGAACCUGGAGGAGGAGAACCACCACCUACUGAGUCAGAUCCAGAUGUUGAGCCAACAGAAUCAGACCCUGCUGGAGAGAACCAUGGAGAGCAAGGAGCUCUACCACGAAGAGCAGAAACAGUACAUUGACAAGUUGAACUUGCUCCGGAGGCAGAAGGAGAAACUGGAGGAGAAGAUCAUGGAUCAGUACAAGUUUUAUGAUCCAACCCCUAAAAAGAGGAACCAUUGGGCCGGGGCCAAGGCUCUGGCCAAACUCAUCAAGCCCAAGAACAGACAGGACAGCUCCAGGGAGAGGGUGCGGAGCGCCCCUGACAUUCCCCUGCCCGAACCUCCCACCUUGGACUUCCCUGACGUCCCUCCCCCCAUGCCUCCCCCUCCACUGCCCCCCCGCCAGUCCUGCCUCAGCCUGGACUCUGUAUCGAACCACUCUCUGGAGGAGAACCACCAUGGACAGGGACACUUCCCUGCCCUCAACCCCACCCCCACAUACUCCAGCAGAGCACUAAACAACAGUGGAGUGUCCAGAGGCAGGGAGCUGUUCCGUGCUUCAGGGGGCAGCAGUGAGGGUGUGAAUGGCACUGAGGAGCUGUACGCCAGACGGAGAGGUGUGGAGCUAGGGGGGGCUGCUGCUUACUCCACCCCCGCCAACCACCCCUCCACCUCAGGCCUGACACCCAGCUCCAGGCCUGGACGCAGGCCCAAAGGUUUCAUCUAUGAGGACGACUCUCGGGUUCACUCCCCUGAUGCUCAUUUUGUCCAUGGAAACGCAGGUUAUCGACCAGGCUCUGCUGAGCUCAGUCGCAACACCUCCAGCAGCAACUCCCCUGUCAACUGCAAAGAUUCCCUGGAGCACCUGCAGGACCGUUCUGCCAGUCUGCCCAGUGAUGACGUAGUUGGCCUUAGUCACGACGUGUCCCACUCCCUGACCCUCCCCUGGAGCGCCAUUGUCACUUACGACACACACUCCCACACCCCGGUCCAGAGGAGUGCUCCCCAGCCUGGCAGCGAGAUGGUCACCUUGGAAGAGUUCCUGGAAGAGAGCAACACCCUGUCACCACCCACUGUGCAGUCAGGCAGUCGGGAAGAUCUGGUGGCGGACUACUUCAACCCAUUAGAACAGAGAGAGAGAUCCAACCUUUGUCGGCCCUCUCCUCUGAGAGAUGGAGCCAAGACCCCCACCAGCUAUGUUACGCCCACUGUGAAGAGAGCCACAGACCUCCACCAGGCUGGCGAGGGGCCAGGCAGGACCUCCAAACCAGGCCAGUGGGUCAAUCCCAGCGUCCGGCUACAAGAGGGAUCCACCUCCAUGCCCCAGUCCCACUCACAGACCCUACCCAACCGGACCAGCAAUGGGUUAGGGACAGGGGGGCGGCCUUUACCCCUGGGACCCUUUUCACCCUGUGGAGGAGGUCUGGGCAGCAGCAGUUUGUCUCGGACCUUCAGCCUGGCCUCCGCUGACCUGCUGCACUCCAAUGGUCCAGGUAGCUACCUGCCAGACAUGGAGGCAGGAGGCUCGCCCAGCCGAGGUGGUGGGGAUGGGGUGGUCAGGAGGCCUGGGGCUGGAGCCACGGCCAGGGAGCGCCCCCAGUCUGCCAGGUUAGCAGGACCCUUGGACAUAGACCCCCGCAGACUGUCUCUGGCUCCACCCAAAGAGGAACCUCUCAGCCUGGCCCCUCCCCAGCACCACUCCUCCCUGUCCCUGCAGCCCAAGUGCUACGGAGGGAGAACAACACCAGGCUCCACCCCCGGGAACAACAGCCCCAGCUCCGGACUGCAGCAACAAGGACAGCCCACCCACCAGAAGAACCACUGUGGGGAGGUUGCCAUGUUGAGGGCAGCGCCGGCUCUGAGGCUGGAGGAGCCACAGGAGGGGGAUGCGAGGCUCCAGGCUAACUGCCCGCUGCUGAAGAAACCAGAGGUGGGGGGAGGAGGAGGGGGGUUGAGCUGCAGCACAGAGGAGCACCCCAGGAGCACCUCCCCAGACCCCAACAACGACCCUCAGACUGUGUGGUAUGAGUACGGCUGUGUCUAGGAGCUGUUAUUGUAGUGGCAGGCCUCAGUACUGUACAAAACCUUUUCUUCCUGCUAAACCACAGGAUACCUGGUCUGGCACCGCUAGGCUGGUCCUCACUGUACUGGACCACAUCCUUUCUGUUUCUGACCAUUUGAAACUUCCUAGCUGCUUUUAAAGCUUCAUAAAGGAAAUUCUACCCCAAAGAGAACACCACACCACAGGGCGCUGUACCCAGCUGGCAACAUAUGGUUGAUUUGCAUGACCAACAUGUGGGCAUGGUACUUGGGACCGCCAGUGCCGCAGUUACAUUAACGUGUACAGGAAUGCUUUGAGGAAGGCAAAAGCACUAGAGAGCAACGAAUGUAUUUUUCUUUUCUUCUAUUGGACAACACUGGUUGCUCUAUGUGCACUGUAUGCACAGCACAGUGGGUCUCGCCCUGUCCAAUGAGUUCUAUUCUGAAUCUGAAAAACUAACAUUUUGGGGAAGGAGAAAAAGACCACUCCCAGAGUAAUUGCAUGGUAACGUCUGUCCUCCAUCUUUAGGAGCUUGAGGACAGAUUGUUUAUCUCAACACAGCCUCAGUGACACAUUACUGGAAAUGGGUCCGCUCCCACUUUGAACAUGCUGUUUUCUGUUGCGUCUGUGGGUGACCCAAACUAUAGGCUUUUGCGUAUAUCUCAUCUCAAAGUGAAACUGGCUUGUGGGGAGCAUGUAAUUCAUCCCAUAUCUGUUUUUGUGUACGCGAGGCAGGACGAAACAGGCAGAUAUACCAUAGAGGGAGGGAACACCAGACUGACCAACUCAUGAAGAGAGACAAAGCAGGGCUUUUUGUAGCAAGAGGGGACCAUUUCUGGAGGAAAGGAUUGAGUGAGUUUAAGAUGAAGAAAGAUGGAGAUUUGGAGAUGAUUGACAUAAUGGUGAUGAUGGACAGAGAGAAAUUAAGAAAGAUGAAUGCGAGUUUGAGACAUUGGUCAGGUUGAAGAAUUAAAAAAUGAAAUGUAUAAUGUUCUCCAUGACUAACCACCAUUAAUGCCCCCAGAAAACUGAUCCCUAUACAAUAGGUAUCUUGUAUGUGCAGAAAAGAAAUCUUAUUUUCCAAAUACAAUCCGAAGAGCACUAUUACGACAAGGAUGAAUAAGUAGAUAUGUGUCUGAACACUGGAUACAUUUUUAUUACAGAAAACUAAUUGGUGACAUUAUCGACAAGAGGCUAUUAAAGGAUUGUCUUUUUAGUUUUGAAUUAUUGAUAGUGGAAUUAUAGUUGGAAUUAUUACAUUUUGUAUAUUCUUUUUACACCGCUACCCAGCUCUAAAAUGUCAGUAAGACUCAAUGUAUUUAUUAUGUUCCUCUCAAAUGACAAAACUAUGUCUAAUUUGUAAGUCGCUCUGGAUAAGAGCGUCUGCUAAAUGACUUAAAUGUAAAUGUAAUGUAAUGCUUGCUUGUGUUUUUAUCUUCUCACCUAAAUGAGUUUGUUGUGAAGUUGAGUGUGUCAUUUUGAAUUGUGCACAACCUCUCAUUAUCGUAAUGUAUUGAUGCGUUUUCUGUAUUAGUAAAAAGCCAGUGGAUAAAAAUCUCAUUAGACUCCUCUAUUAGGUAGACGACUAGUCCGCCUAUUAGAGUGUAUUAUAGUACAGUUGAAGUGGGAAGUUUACAUACACUUAGGUUGGAGUCAUUAAAACUUGUUUUUCAACCACUCCACGCAUUUCUUGUUAACAAACUAUAGUUUUGGCAUGUUGGUUAGGACAUCUACUUUGUGCAUGACACAAGUAAUUUUUCCAACAAUUGUUUACAGACAGAUUAUUUAAUUUAUAAUUCACUGUAUCACAAUUCCAGUGGGACAGAAGUUUUUGGGUCGAUUGGAGGUAGGCCUUGAAAUACAUCCACAUCUUCAAACUCAGUGCCUCUUUGCUUGACAUCAUGGAAAAAUCAAAAGAAAUCAGCCAAGACCUCAGAAAAAAAAUUGUAGACCUCCACAAGUCUGGUUCAUCCUUGGGAGCAAUUUACAAACGCCUGAAGGUACCACGUUCAUCUAUACAAACAAUAGAAUGCAAGUAUAAACACCAUGGGACCACGCAGCCGUCAUACCGCUCAGGAAGGAGAUGUGUUCGGUCUCCUAGAGAUGAACGUACUUUGGUAUGAAAAGUGCAACUCAAUCCCAGAACAACAGCAAAAGACCAUGUGAAGAUGCUGGAGGAAACGAGUACAAAAGUAUCUAUAUCCACAGUAAAAACGAGUCCUAUAUCGACAUAACCUGAAAAGCCGCUCAGCAAGGAAGAAGCCAUGCUCCAAAACCGCCAUAAAAAAGCCAGACUACGGGUUACAACUGCACAUGGGGACAAAGAUCGUACUUUUUGGAGAAAUGUCCUCUGGUCUGAUGAAACAAAAAUAUAACUGUUUGGCCGUAAUGACCAUCGUUAUGUUUGGAGGAAAAGAAGCCGAAGAACACCAUCCCAGCCGUGAAGCACGGGAGUGGCAGUAUCAUGUUGUGGGGGUGCUUUGCUGCAGGAGGGACUGGUGCACUUCACAAAGUAGAUGGCAUCAUGAGGCAGGACAAUUAUGUGGAUAUAUUGAAGCAACAUCUCAAGACAUCAGUCAGGAAGUUAAAGCUUGGUCACAAAUGGGUCUUCCAAAUGGACAAUGACCCCAAGCAUUCUUCCAAAGUUGUGGCAAAAUGGAUCAAGGACAACAAAGUCAAGGAAUUGGAGUUGCCAUCACAAAGCCCUGACAUCAAUCCCAUAGAAAAUUUGUGGGCAAAACUGAAAAAGCGUGUGCGAGCAAGGAGGCCUACAAACCUGACUCAGUUACACUAGCUCUGUCAGGAGGAAUGGGCCAAGAUUCACCCAACUUAUUGUGGGAAGCUUGUGGAAGGCUACCCGAAAUGUUUGACCCAAGUUAAACCAUUUAAAGGCAAUGCUACCAAAUACUAAUUGAGUGUAUGUAAACUUCUGACCCACUGGGAAUGUGAUGAAAGAAAUAAAAGCUGAAAUAAAUCACUACUAUUAUUCUGGUAUUUCACAUUCUUAAAAUAAAGUGGUGAUCCUAACUGAACUUAGACAGGGAAUUUUUACUUGUAUUAAAUGUCAGGAAUUGUGAAAAACUGAGUUUAAAUGUAUUUGGCUAAGGUGUAUAUAAACUUCCGAAUUCAACUGUAUAUACUGUAAGAUAUGUAAACAUUAUGUAGUAGAGCAUGAAAAUAUUUGGCACUCAAAUCUUCCUUCAACUUGUUCUAUUCAGAUACCAAACAGAUUGAUCAAAGGUUGGCAUGAUUGGCAUUCCCAAGAGGAACAUCAGCUGUUUGCUGUGGAUCACACACAGGCCUAGGUAGCAUAGCAGUUAAGAGAGUUGAGCCAGUAACCGGAAGGUUGCUGGUUUGAAUCCCCGAGCCAGCAAGGUGGAAAAAUCUACUGUUCUGCCCUUGAGCAAGGCAGUUAAUCAACAACAACAACGGCUCCUUGGGCGCUGAUGACAUGGAUGUCGAUUAAGGGAGCCCACCGCAUCUCUCUGAUUCCGAGUUAAAUGUGGAAGACACAUUUCGGGUGAAUGCAUUCAGUUGUGCAACUGACUAGGUAUCCUCCUUUCUUUCCUCUCUUUUCUAUGCACAAUACGUGUUCCAUCACCAUGUGUUUUGUCCGACUGGUACGUCGGUUCUGUGUAUACUGUACAGUAGGUUAGAGAUUGGAGUUUGAUAAUCGUGACCAAACACUACUAAAAAAUGACUAGUUAUGACAGACCUACAAACGUGCAAAGAUACUGAAAUUUUAAUAUAGAGUGUCAG